AUGGAGCAGGACGCCGGAUUCAUCGCUGCCGUGGAAGAGGCCAAGCAGGGCGCCGCAGAGGGCGGCGUGCCCAUUGGCGCGUGCUUGGUUUCCAAGGACGGCAAGAUCUUGGGCCGAGGCCAUAACAUGCGUGUGCAGAAGGGCAGCGCCGUCCUGCAUGCUGAGAUGUCCGCUCUCGAGAACUCCGGCCGUCUCCCUGCUUCGGCCUACGAGGGCGCUACCAUGUACACCACCCUGUCCCCUUGCGACAUGUGCACCGGUGCCUGCAUUCUCUACAAGGUCAAGCGGGUUGUCAUUGGCGAGAACCAGAACUUCGUGGGCGGAGAAGAGCUCCUCCUCAACCGCGGCAAGGAGGUUGUCGUCCUGGAUAACCAGGAGUGCAAGGACUUCAUGGCCAAGUUUAUCAAGGAGAAGCCGGAGCUGUGGUAG